CAUUGGAGUGAAAAGUUCGUUCGUUUGUUUCGUAGUGAAACAUUUUUGUGAAAAAAGUGAAAAUUUUGUGUGAAAAUCUAUCAGAAACUUAAGGAAAAUUAGCGAAAAUUGACCAACAGAUCCCGGUCGAUUCAUAGUCUGUGAACAAACGCGAGGAAUAGAAAUAACCAGUAACCUAUACGAGAGAAAGAGAGGACGACAAAUUGGACAAACACCCAUUCGAGAUAAAGUUGAAAACUAGUGAAAACGAGAGGCUAAAAAUUAACUCAACAUAAAACACCGUCGACUGUCGACUGACUUGAACAAACAUGGAACAAUUUACCCCGAAGGAGGUAAAAAUCCUCGAAAGUGCCGAGGAUAUCCAGGAGCGCCGUGAGCAGGUGCUGAACCGCUACAAUGAGUUCAAGGUGGAAACGCGCCACAAGCGCGAGAAGCUGGAGGACUCGCGUCGUUUCCAGUACUUCAAGCGUGACUCGGACGAGCUGGAAAGCUGGAUCCACGAGAAGCUGCAGGCCGCUUCCGAGGAGAGCUAUCGCGAUCCGACCAAUCUGCAGGCCAAGAUCCAGAAGCAUCAGGCAUUCGAGGCCGAGGUGUCCGCUCACAGCAACGCGAUUGUUGUGCUGGACAACACCGGUCAGGAGAUGAUUAACCAGCAGCACUUUGCUUCGGAUAUCAUCCAGCGUCGGCUGGAUGAGCUGCAUCGGCUUUGGGAGUUGCUGCUUUCGCGGUUGGCCGAGAAGGGUAUGAAGCUGCAACAGGCGCUGGUGUUGGUGCAAUUCUUGCGCCACUGUGAGGAGGUAAUGUUCUGGAUCAAGGACAAAGAGGCCUUUGUUACGGCCGAUGAGUUCGGUCAGGAUCUGGAGCAUGUGGAAGUGUUGCAGAGAAAGUUCGACGAAUUCCAGAAGGAUAUGGCUUCGCAGGAGUAUCGUGUCACCGAGGUGAACGAGUUGGCCGAUAAGUUGCUUUCCAACGGUCAUCCGGAACGCGAAACCAUCACUCGUAAGAAGGAGGAGUUGAAUGAAGCUUGGCAGCGCUUGAAGCAAUUGGCUAUUUUGCGCCAGGAAAAACUCUUCGGAGCUCACGAGAUUCAGCGCUUUAACCGUGAUGCUGACGAAACCGUUGCUUGGAUCGCUGAAAAGGACGUUGUCCUUUCGUCCGAUGACUAUGGUCGCGACUUGGCCAGUGUGCAGGCGCUGCAGCGCAAGCAUGAAGGUGUUGAGCGCGAUUUGGCUGCUUUGGAAGAUAAGGUUGCAACGCUGGGUGCCGAAGCUGGUCGAUUGUGUAGCAUUCAUGCCGAUCAUAGUGAUCAGAUCCGCGAAAAGCAAGCGGAAAUUGCUGCCUACUGGCAGUCGCUUACCGCGAAAGCCAAGGAACGCAAACAAAAGCUGGAUGAGUCGUACUUCUUGCAUCGUUUCUUGGCCGACUACCGCGAUUUGGUUUCGUGGAUCAACGGAAUGAAGGCUAUCAUUUCGGCUGAUGAGCUAGCCAAGGACGUUGCCGGUGCGGAAGCUUUGUUGGAACGUCACCAGGAGCAUAAGGGUGAAAUUGAUGCUCGAGUCGAUAGUUUCAAAGUUACCACCGAAGCGGGACGCCAGCUGUUGGAACGUGAGCACUAUGCUGCCGCCGAAGUUCAGGAAAAACUAGCGGCUUUGGAAAGCGACAAGAGCUCGCUACUGUCGCUGUGGGAAGAUCGUCGCAUUUUGUAUGAACAGUGCAUGGACUUACAGCUGUUCUACCGUGACACUGAGCAGGCUGAUACUUGGAUGGCCAAGCAGGAAGCUUUCCUCGCCAAUGAAGACUUGGGUGAUUCACUGGAUUCGGUUGAAGCGCUGAUCAAGAAACAUGAAGACUUCGAGAAGAGUUUGGCCGCUCAGGAAGAGAAAAUCAAGGCACUGGACGUCUUUGCCACCAAACUGAUUGACGGUCAACACUACGCAGCGGAUGACGUUGCUCAGCGUCGCUCGAUGCUUUUGGCUCGUCGUUCUGCUCUACUGGAGAAAUCCUCCAUCCGACGUCAACUGCUGGAGGACUCCAGCGCUCUGCAGCAGUUCGAACGUGAUUGCGACGAAACCAAGGGGUGGAUCAGUGAGAAACUAAAGUUUGCCACCGACGAUAGCUAUCUGGAUCCGACCAAUCUGAACGGAAAGGUUCAGAAACACACCAACUUCGAGCAUGAACUGACGGCCAACAAGAGUCGCAUUGAAGACAUCACCACGAACGGACAAAAUUUGAUUGAGAAACAGCACUACGCUGCCGAUCAAAUCAACUCGCGCAUGCAGGAAAUUGUAACCUUAUGGGAGUCACUGGUUCAAGCGUCGGACAAAAAGGGUUGCAAGCUGCAGGAAGCUUCGCAGCAGCAACAGUUCAACCGAACCGUUGAGGACAUUGAGCUGUGGCUCAGUGAAGUUGAAGGCCAACUGAUGUCCGAAGACUACGGUAAAGAUCUGACCAGUGUUCAAAACCUUCAGAAGAAACACGCCCUGUUGGAGGCCGACGUGAUGGCUCAUCAGGACCGCAUCGAGGGAAUCAAGGUAGCCGCCAAUAAGUUCGUCGAAAGUGGUCACUUUGAUGCCGAUAACAUCCGCAACAAGGAAUCUGCUCUUUCGAAACGUUAUGGAGCUUUGGCUUCUCCGAUGUCCGAACGGAAACAGCGCCUGUUGGACUCCUUACAAGUUCAGCAACUAUUCCGUGAUCUUGAAGAUGAAGCCGCUUGGAUUAGAGAGAAAGAACCGGUCGCUGCAUCGACUAACCGUGGUCGCGAUUUGAUUGGUGUUCAGAACCUGAUCAAAAAACAUCAAGCCGUACUGGCUGAAAUCAACAACCAUGAAAACCGCGUAGUCGCCGUCAUUGGAAAUGGGGAACAGAUGUUGACCGAACAACCGUUUGCCACCGAAGACAUCAAGUUGCGACUGGAUGCCCUGAAAGAUCAAUGGAAUUCCCUCAAGGAAAAGUCGAAUCAACGUAAGCAAGAUUUGGAAGAUUCACUGCAAGCCCAUCAAUACUUUGCCGACGCAAACGAGGCCGAGUCUUGGAUGCGUGAGAAGGAACCGAUCGUUUCGAACCAGGACUACGGUAAAGACGAAGAUUCUUCGGAAGCUUUGUUGAAGAAACAUGAAGCUCUAGUUUCGGAUUUGGAAGCCUUCGGCAACACCAUUCAGGCUCUGCAGGAGCAGGCCAAAAACUGUCGUCAGCAGGAGACGCCAGUCGUGGACAUCACCGGAAAGGAGUGCGUCAUUGCUUUGUACGAUUACACCGAAAAGUCUCCUCGUGAAGUUUCCAUGAAGAAGAGUGACGUUUUGACUCUGUUGAAUUCGAACAACAAGGAUUGGUGGAAGGUAGAGGUAAACGACCGACAGGGUUUCGUUCCAGCUGCAUACAUCAAAAAGAUCGACCCUGGUCUAAGCGCCAGCCAGCAAAAUCUGGUCGAUGGUCAUUCGAUUGCCAAACGCCAAUCGCAAAUCAACAGCCAGUAUGACAACCUGCUAGCAUUGGCCCGUGAACGUCAAAAUAAGUUGAACGAAACCGUUAAAGCUUACGUACUGGUUCGUGAGGCAGCUGACUUGUCCGCUUGGAUCAAGGAUAAGGAAAGCCAUGCCCAGAUCAAGGAUGUAGGUGAAGAUUUGGAAGAGGUUGAGGUUAUGCAGAAGAAGUUCGAUGACUUCAACGAUGAUCUUAAAGCCAACGAGGUCCGCCUGGCGAAGCUGAACGAAAUUGCCGUCCAACUAACCUCGCUCGGUCAAACUGAGGCAGCAUUGAAGAUCAAAACGCAAAUUAAAACCCUGAACGAAGAAUGGGCAACGCUGCAAACCAUCACUCACGAGCGGGCAAGCCAGCUGGGAUCCGCUCACGAGGUUCAACGUUUCCAUCGGGAUGUCGACGAAACUAAGGACUGGAUUGCCGAGAAGGACAAUGCCCUAACCAACGAUGACUUGGGCAAGGAUCUGCGCGGUGUGCAGACGCUUCAGCGCAAGCACGAGGGUCUGGAGCGUGAUUUGGCCGCGCUGCGCGACAAGAUUCGUCAGUUGGACGAAACCGCUAAUCGGCUGAUGCAAUCCCAUCCGGACACGGCCGAACAGACGUACGCUAAGCAGAAGGAAAUCAACGAGGAGUGGCAACAGGUGGUGGCGAAGGCCCAGCAGCGUAAGGAAAAGCUGCUCGAUUCGUACGAUCUGCAGCGUUUCUCCAGCGAUUACCGCGAUCUGAUGGCUUGGAUCAGCUCGAUGAUGGGUUUGGUUACGUCCGAGGAGCUGGCCAACGAUGUCACCGGGGCGGAAGCGUUGAUCGAGCGACACCAGAACCAUCGUGCUGAAAUUGAUUUUCGUUACGGUAUCCCACAGGAACACCGCACCGAGGUCGAUGCCCGCGCCGGAACGUUCGCCGCCUUCGAGCAGUUCGGAGCCGAACUGCUGCAGGCCAACCAUUAUGCAUCGCCGGAGAUUCAGGAGAAGAUUGAAAAUCUGGCCAAGGCCCGCGAAGAGCUGGAACGGGCGUGGACUGCCCGUCGGCUGCAGCUGGACCAGAAUCUAGAUUUGCAGCUGUAUCUGCGUGACUGCGAACAGGCUGAGAACUGGAUGAGUGCUCGUGAGGCGUUCUUGAACGCUGAGGAGGUUGAUUCUAAGGGAGAUAAUGUGGAGGCGUUGAUCAAGAAGCAUGAAGAUUUUGAUAAGGCCAUCAAUGGACAUGAGGAGAAGAUUGCUGCUCUGCAGGUUUUGGCUGAUCAAUUGAUUGCACAGGAACAUUAUGCCGGAAAGUUGAUCGAUGAUAAGCGUUCGGAAGUACUUGACCGCUGGCGUCAUUUGAAGGAAGAUUUGAUUGAGAAGCGCUCUCGACUUGGUGAUGAACAAACGCUGCAGCAAUUCUCGCGUGAUGCGGAUGAAAUCGAAAAUUGGAUUGCGGAGAAGCUGCAGUUGGCUACCGAGGAAAGCUACAAGGACCCGGCCAACAUUCAAUCGAAGCAUCAAAAGCAUCAGGCAUUUGAAGCCGAACUGGCAGCCAAUGCUGAUCGUAUUUCAAGUGUCUUGGCUAUGGGCAGUAAUUUGAUUGACAAAAAUCAGUGCAGUGGUUCGGAAGAUGCCGUUCAGAAGCGUCUGACUCAGAUUGCCGACCAGUGGGAAUACUUGACACAGAAGACGACGGAGAAAUCGCUGAAACUGAAGGAAGCCAACAAGCAGCGUACAUACAUUGCUGCGGUUAAGGAUUUGGACUUCUGGCUGGGUGAGGUUGAGAGUUUGCUAACGUCGGAGGAUGCUGGUAAGGAUUUGGCUUCCGUGCAGAAUCUAAUGAAGAAGCAUCAAUUGGUAGAGGCCGAUAUUCAUGCUCACGAGGACCGUAUCAAGGACAUGAAUGCCCAAGCAGAUUCGUUGGUCGAGAGCGGUCAAUUCGACAGUGCUGGAAUUCAGGAGAAACGUCAGUCCAUUAAUGAGCGUUAUGAGCGCAUUUGUAACUUGGCUGCCCAUCGUCAGGCUCGUUUGAAUGAGGCCAACACGUUGCAUCAGUUCUUCCGUGAUAUUGCUGAUGAAGAAUCGUGGAUCAAGGAGAAAAAACUGCUGGUUGGCUCCGAUGACUAUGGUCGUGAUUUGACCGGUGUGCAGAACUUGAAGAAGAAGCAUAAGCGUCUAGAGGCAGAGCUGGCUUCUCACGAGCCAGCUAUUCAAGCCGUUCAGGAAGCUGGGGAGAAGCUGAUGGACGUUUCUAAUUUGGGUGUGCCGGAGAUUGAGCAGCGGUUGAAGGCUUUGAACCAGGCCUGGGCCGAGUUGAAGGGAUUGGCUGCUACACGUGGUCAGAAGUUGGAUGAGUCACUGAUCUAUCAACAGUUCUUGGCUAAGGUGGAAGAAGAGGAAGCCUGGAUUACCGAGAAGCAGCAGCUGUUGUCGGUUGAAGACUACGGCGAUUCGAUGGCCGCUGUUCAAGGUUUGCUUAAGAAGCAUGACGCUUUCGAAACGGACUUUGCUGCUCAUCGUGAUCGUUGCUCGGACAUCAGAGACAAUGGUCAAACGCUGGUGACCAACAAUAAUCACCAUGGAGAGAGCAUUUCGCAGCGUUGUGCUCAACUGGAUAAAAAAUUGGAAAACUUGCAGUCCUUGGCAACACGCCGCAAGAAUGCCCUGUUGGACAACUUUGCUUACUUGCAGUUCAUGUGGAAGGCCGAUGUCGUUGAAAGUUGGAUUGCUGACAAGGAAAAUCACGUCAAGUCGGAGGAGUUUGGACGUGAUCUGUCCACUGUUCAAACCUUGCUGACUAAACAGGAGACAUUCGAUGCGGGUCUCUCUGCAUUUGAACAGGAAGGAAUUCAUAACAUCACAGCUUUGAAGGACCAACUGAUCAACGCUAACCAUGCCCAAUCGGCAGCCAUUCUGAAACGUCACGAGGACGUGCUUACUCGCUGGCAGAAGCUGCGCGCCGAUUCGGAAGCCCGCAAAUACCGACUGCUGGCUAUGCAGGAGCAGUUCCGUCAAAUCGAGGACCUAUAUUUGACCUUUGCCAAGAAGGCUUCCGCGUUCAACUCGUGGUUCGAGAACGCCGAAGAAGAUCUGACCGACCCGGUCCGUUGUAACUCGAUCGAGGAAAUCACUGCGCUCCGAGCGGCCCAUGCCCAAUUCCAGGCUUCGCUGUCAUCGGCUCAGUAUGACUUCCAGGCCUUAGCCGACUUGGAUCGUAAGAUCAAGAGCUUCAACGUGGGACCCAAUCCGUACACAUGGUUCACAAUGGAAGCUCUGGAGGAUACUUGGCGCAACUUGCAGAAGAUUAUCGAAGAACGCGAUGCCGAACUGGCUAAGGAAGUUCACCGUCAGGAAGAGAACGACAAACUCCGGAAGGAGUUUGCCAAGCAUGCCAACCUGUUCCAUCAGUGGCUAACCGAAACCAGAACUUCCCUGAUGGAAGGUUCCGGCUCGCUGGAGGAACAAUUCGAGGCCUUGUGCCACAAAGCCAACGAAAUCCGGGCCCGUCGUGGAGAUUUGAAGAAAAUUGAAGAGCUGGGCGCAACUUUGGAGGAGCAUCUCAUUUUGGACAAUCGUUACACCGAGCACUCCACUGUCGGGCUCGCCCAGCAGUGGGAUCAGCUCGAUCAGCUGGCUAUGCGAAUGCAGCACAAUCUCAAACAGCAAAUACAGGCCCGCAACCAGUCGGGUGUAUCGGAGGAUUCCCUCAAAGAAUUCUCGAUGAUGUUCAAGCAUUUCGACAAGGACAAGAGCGGCAAGCUGAACCACCAGGAGUUCAAAUCUUGUCUGCGCGCUCUCGGUUACGAUCUGCCGAUGGUGGAGGAAGGUCAACCCGAUCCGGAGUUCGAAGAGAUCCUGAACGUUGUCGAUCCGAACCGCGAUGGACAGGUUUCUCUGCAGGAAUACAUAGCCUUCAUGAUUUCCAAGGAAACGGAAAAUGUCCAAAGCUACGAAGAGAUCGAAAAUGCCUUCCGCGCCAUUACCGCUUCCGAUCGUCCUUACGUCACCAAGGAUGAACUUUAUUCCAACCUCACAAAGGACAUGGCGGACUACUGUGCCCAGAGGAUGAAACCGUACAACGAUCCGAAAACGGGUCAUCCAAUCACGGGCGCUCUCGAUUACGUGGAAUUCACUCGAACCCUAUUUCAGAAUUAAAAACAUUUUAACUAUUUAACAAAUAAAGUACACCGUCGUUGUACGUUCAUUUUAAGCGCAAAACAAAGUAUUUCGCAUAUAUAUUUAACCCUGUUGACUCUGCCCUAUAAACAAACCAGCGCUUAGCAAAUAAGUAUUUAUGAGCAAAACUGCUUUUACAUUAUCCUAUAGAGAUAUAGUUGAAUGCUUUCGACGUUCUAGCAUGCAGUACCUAAAUCACACGCAUAAUCUAGAUUAUAUGAAGCGAUCACGAUAUGCAGCUCCGAAAAUGUAUUCUUUUUUAUUUCGAUCUUAUUCUAAUCAAUUUCUGCUAUAAAAGAAAUUGGCUUUGAAUAUUCUGCACUCGAUUACAUACCCGAGAAAAUAAACGAUCGACACCAAUAAAACAAUCCGAUAAAAUCGUUAAUGGUUUGAUGUAAAAUGGCUUUCGGAAUGUAGAUCAUCCAGCUGUAAUAGUGAUGGUUGAAAGAAAUAUAUGCUAUAAUGCCUUUCUCUAUUUCAUCGGUAAUAAAU